AUGGAGAACAUCGGGUCUACGAGCACCAUCGAAUUAGUCCGGCCCGGAGUCGUUCUCAAGCAGCCGAUAAUCUUCAAGACCAAGGGCCUUGCCGACAAGGUCGACCUCUGCUUUUCUGUUGAGCCACUUAUACUCGAAAAACUAGGACACCACCCCAGGAUUGUGGAAUAUCUAGGAAAACAAGGCCGCGGCCUUCUGCUCGGCCAAGCAAGCCACAGCAAUCUCCAGGUGUAUAUCGACAACCAUCCUUCGACUGAUCUGCGCCAACGUAAAAUAUGGUGUCGACAGUUGACCGAAGCUCUCGCCUAUAUUCAUAGCCACGGCGUAGUUCACUCAGAUCUACGCCCCAAAAACAUUCUUGUCCAUGAAACUAGCCCAGGAUCGCGAGAUUUAGUCCUCUGUGACUUUGGUGGAUCUACAUGCGAUGAACUGGGUCUAGAUGGAGGUUGCCUCCCUGACGGCCCUUUCUACAGCCCUACCUUCGGGGUUCAGUCUACUCCGGCUCUGGAUAUAUUCGGCCUCGGCUCUCUUUUUUACACCAUCCUGACGGGAUAUUGGCCUUAUAGAUCCUGCCCUGGGCCCCCUGAAACAAUUGACGAGAAGAUGGACUACGAGAAGGAAGUUGCCCAGGCUUUCCAUCAGGGAAAAUACCCUGAUGUGACCCAAGUAGUGGGAGGCAGCGUGAUUUUGGGUUGUUGGAUGAAGCAAUAUUUGUCGGCUGAAGAGGUUCUGCUUGGUCUAGAUAGGGAAAUGCCGAUUUCUGAAGACGCUGCGGAUAUAAAGUACGCUGGCCAUAUUUCAAUGUUCUUACUAGUAGCAAUUUCUGUUACGGUCCUGAUUGCUUCAACAUAUAUAAUUAUACGGCGACUACCACGAUGA